AUGACAUUCUUCUGCGUCUUUAUGUUCGGAGCGCUCCUCUCUUUGGACGCUGCGGUGGAAGCUGGCAAAUGCCCCAAAAUGUGCACAUGUGACGGUGCCAAACUCACCGUCGCCUGCGUGGGCAAGAACCUGACCGAGGUGCCGUCCACUGUGGACGAAAUCACCCUGAAGCUUGACCUGCGCGGGAACCACCUGCAGGUGCUGCCGCGCGGCGCCUUCCUCCACACGCCCUACCUGACGCACCUCGACCUGCAGCGCUGCAGCCUCGUGCACGUGAAGGAGGGCGCCUUCCGAACCCUGGGCCGCGUGGUCUCCCUCAACCUGGCCUACAAUAACAUCGACAUCUUGUACCAGGAGGCCUUCGACGGGCUGUCCUCCCUGAAGGAGCUCCUGUUGGACCAUAACCGCGUGGAGGAGGUCCAGCCUGGAGCCUUCAUGCAGCUGGGCUUCCUCAACCUGCUGCAGCUCAGCCACAACCAGCUGGUCUACCUGCCCAACAUGGCCUUCCAGGGCCUGCAGAACAUCCAGUGGCUCCGCCUGAGCCACAACUCCAUCAACAACCUGGCCCCCGAGGCCUUCGCCGGCCUGCUGUCCCUGGGACGCCUCAGCCUGGACCACAACGAGCUGCAGUUCUUCCCAACCGAGACCCUGACCCGGCUCCCGGCCCUCACCCGUCUGGACAUGGGCUCCAACCCCAUGACCUACCUGGGGGAGGAGGCGGUGGCCCUGCCCCGACUCACCUCCCUCCUCCUGGACCACAUGUCCCUGCAGGACCUGUCGGACACGGCCCUGACCCGGGCCCCCCGCCUCACCCACCUGGACCUCAGCCACAACCAGCUGCGCUGCCCAGAGCCCCCCAGGGGGCCCACCGCGCUGCUCAGCCUCAACCUCACCGGGAACCCCAUCCUGUGUAACUGCUUCCUGCGGCCCCUGCGGCAGUGGGCCCUGCAGAAGCGUGUGAAUUUGCUGGGGGCCUGCGCGGGGCCCGCCCACCUCGCGGGGGGACCCCUGGGGGAGCUGGGGCUCCAGGAUCUGCGCUGCCGCAGCCGGCAGGAGAUGCUGAAGGAGGAGUUUGAGGAGCAGGAGGAGAGCCGGGUGGGCGCGGUCACCACGGCGACGCCGGUCCAGGGGGCCCCGUGUCCCGGGGGCUGUGACUGCCAGGAGGAGGCGCAGCACGCGUCCUGCGAGGGGCGCGGGCACACCACCGUCCCCCGGGGGUUCCCCAACAACACCCAGCUCCUCGAUCUCCGCGGCAACCCCCUCGGCCGGCUCCCUAGCGACAGCUUCCCGGGCGCGUCACGGGUGGUGUCGCUCCACCUGGAGCUCUGCCAGCUCCACCGGGUGGAGGGCGGGGCCUUCGGCGGCAUGACGGACCUCUUCUACCUGUACCUGUCCCACAACGGGCUGACGGCGCUGGGCCCCGGGGCCUUCAGCGGGGCCCCCGGCCUCACCUACCUCCACCUGGAGGGCAACCGGCUGGCCGCCUUCCCGGGAGCAGCGCUGAAGCCCCUCCCCAGUCUACUGGCGCUGCACCUGGAGGGCAACGCCAUCUCGGCCCUGGCCCCCGGCGGCCUUCUGGGGGCCCCCGCCCUCAGGGAGCUCUACCUCACCAACAACACCGUGGCGACCAUCGCCCCCGGCGCCCUGGACUCCGCCCACCUGGACGCCCUCCACCUGGACUCCAACCGGCUGACCGCAGUGCCCAGCCGGGCCCUCCGGGGGGCCCCCGCGCUGCGCCUCCUUCAGCUCUCCGGGAACCCCAUCCGCACGCUGGGGGCCCGGGCCUUCCAGCCCGCGGGCCGCAGCCUGAGGAGGCUGUACCUGGACGGGACAGGGCUGCAGACGAUGUCCCGGGAGGCGCUGGUGGGCCUGGGGGCCGGCCUGGUGCUGCUGUCCCUGGGAGGGAACCAGCUGGAGGGGCUCCCGGACCUGCGGGCCCUGGAGGGCCUGGAGGAGGUGAACCUGCUCCACAACCCGCUGCGCUGCGACUGCCCCCUGCUGCCCCUCCGCAGGUGGAUGGAGAACACGUCUCUGGCUCUGACAGCCACCUGCGGUCACCCUCCCGAGGUCAGAGGUCAACGUGUGCGACAGGUUGAGGUGUUCAAGUCCUGCGUGGAGACCAGUCCUCCUACGGACCACGCGGUCCCCAGGUCCCAAACCCUCAAGGUCCCCCCAACCCUCAAGGUCCCCACGGGGAAGACCAAGCCAGCCAAGCCCAGAGCCAAGCCUCAGAGGAAGUCCAAGACCCCCACGAAGUCCAAGACCCCCACGAAGUCCAAGACCCCCACGAAGUCCAAGACCCCCACGAAGACCGAGACCCCCGCGAAGACCACGAAGAAGCCCAAGAAGACCUCGAGACCGGAUCAGAGCUGACAUGUGAACCCUGGGCAGUAGAGGGACACGUUGGUGGUGUGAUGUGAGCCCUAGGUGUCUCCUGGGACUGGUUAUGUUAUCUGAUGUGAGCCCUAGGUGUCUCCUGGGACUGGUUAUGUUAUCUGAUGUGAGCCCUAGGUGUCUCCUGGGACUGGUUAUGUUAUCUGAUGUGAGCCCUAGGUGUCUCCUGGGACUGGUUAUGUUAUUGCGGGACAGAGACUACAUCUCGUUUGGUUUUGGAGAUUGUGUUUGAGUGGGACCAUCUAUUUAACUGAAUAAACAA